CAUUUUGGCAACAUUUCGCAGUGUUGCCAGAAAAAAAUAUAAUUAGAAAAGAAGAACCAACAACAAAGUUUAAGUUGUUUUGUUGAAAUGGAUUGUGAAAUAUCUCGGAUUUGUAAAAAUUAAAGAAGAUAUUUAGAAAUGUCCCAUACGGAUAUUCAGCUUGAAGACCAAACGACCGAAGUCGAUGCUUUUAAUGUAACGGAGGAAGAUGGCAGAAUUCCCGACAGUUGUUUCACCAAGUUGAACAAGAAGUUAGCGAACCUCAUCUUAACAACAGACGAGCAGAAGUUGGUUUAUUUGAAGGAGUAUAAUUGUAACCCACCCCCCCUGUUUAUGUUGUGUGUUUCAUUGGCUGAGUUGGUUGUGUUUAUUUACUACGCGUUCCAAGCGGAACAAAAACAAUGGAUAACGAUAUCUUCUGGUUUGACGAAAUCCCCACUUAUAUACGACCCCAUGCAUCGGGAAGAAGUUUGGAGGUUUAUAUCGUACAUGUUUUUACAUGCGGGUAUUGAACACAUCCUGGGAAACGUCGUGCUUCAGUUGUUGUUUGGCUUACCACUCGAGAUGGUUCAUAAAAGUUAUCGAGUGGCCAUCGUUUAUAUAUCGGGGGUGUUGGCGGGUUCGCUUGCAAGUUCAAUAUUUGAUCCGUUCGUUUACCUCGUUGGUGCCUCCGGUGGUGUUUAUGCGUUACUUGGAGGUUACUUGUCCAACGUCAUCACGAAUUGGUCACGGCUUGCAUUCAACGGGUUACAUCUUCUGCUCGUUGUUAUUAUUGUUGGUGUUGAUCUUGGAUUCUCGAUUUACCGAAGAGUUGUCGUUGUUGAAGGGGGUUCCCCACCUGUGUCGCUGGUCGCGCACCUGGCGGGGGGGUUAGCGGGGGUAACUAUCGGUUACGUAUUCUUCAGUGAUUAUGAUAAAAAUAUUUUGAAAGAUGUUCGUUGUUGGGUUUGUUUCGCAGCAUACAUCUUAUGUUGCGGGUUUGCUGUGUUUUUUAACUUGUUUUUAAGCCCAGCUGGAACAAUUUAAUGUUUUAUAGACUUUGCACUAGUUAUGCGAUCAUGCAGUUCUGUAAUGUUUUGUAUUUUUUACUUCAAUUAAUGCCAAUUAUGUUCCUGAAAUAAAAUACCUAGCUUUGUA